AAGAAUAUGUAGAGUGUCUCCUAAGGUAUUCUAAACGUAAGAGCUGGCAUGAUUGAACAUCUUAUGAAACAAUAAUUGUUUUGAUUGCAUUUAGAAAUGUCGUAAGAUGCUAGAGUACAUUGUCCUCGAAUAUACAUUUGUGUGUUUUACUUAUGUUCACAACUGUAGAAACAAUCACAGUGCAGAAAGAAUACACAAAUAAUUUGAUAGACUGCUUUACAAGUGUUUCAUGGUAACUUUAAUGGAAGUCUAUGCUAUUUAAUGAGCUGCUUUCUUUUUCACUUUUUUUUUUUGAUCUUUACAGCUGUCUCCAAAAGAAUAUUUUCAAGUGCAGAAAGCAAUAUGCAACAGUCAAGAUCCUCAUGACAAUAGACCAAGAACAAGAAUGGAAGUAAAUUUAUUCAGCAAUUCUACUGUUAUAAACAGUUCAUCCAUCAACCAUAAACAGUUAGAAGGGCAUAGCCUCUGGGAAGUUAUUACUAUUGCCACUGUAACUGCAAUUGUAAGCUUAAUAACCAUAGUGGGAAACAUUCUUGUAAUGAUAUCCUUCAAGGUUAACAGUCAGCUCAAAACCGUUAACAAUUAUUACUUGCUCAGCCUUGCCUGUGCAGACCUCAUCAUUGGAAUAUUUUCUAUGAACCUCUAUACAUCUUAUAUACUCAUAGGCCAUUGGUCUCUUGGAAGUCUGGCAUGUGAUCUGUGGCUAGCGCUGGAUUAUGUAGCUAGCAAUGCCUCAGUAAUGAACCUUCUAGUCAUCAGCUUUGACAGAUAUUUUUCCAUCACAAGGCCUUUAACAUACAGGGCUAAACGCACACCCAAAAGAGCUGGCAUCAUGAUUGGUCUAGCUUGGCUAAUUUCCUUCAUAUUGUGGGCACCUGUUAUCUUGUGCUGGCAGUAUUUUGUUGGUGAACGAACAGUACCACCCGAGGAAUGCCAGAUACAGUUUUUAUAUGAGCCCAUUAUCACCUUUGGUACUGCAAUUGCUGCUUUUUAUAUUCCAGUGUCAGUGAUGACCAUUUUGUAUUGCCGCAUCUAUAAAGAGACGGAGAAACGUACCAAGGACCUUGCUGAACUUCAGGGUUCUGAAUCUGUGGCAGAGUUUGAGAUGAUAAAGCCUCAGAAAACUCUUCUGAAGUCUUGUUUCAGUUGCAAGCAACAAAAUUUAGUCAAAAGAGAGAGAUGUCAGGCUUCCUGGUCUUCAUCUAGUCGAAGUACAUCAGCUACAGUGAAAGCAUCUCAGGCAGCGAGUACUUGCAACGACUGGUCUAAGGCUGACCAGUUAACCACCUGCAGCAGCUAUGCAUCUUCAGAAGAAGAGGAUAAACUUGCCACUGAUUCAGUUUUCCAAGUAGCUUACAAAAGUCCAUCUAAAGAUAACGAAGAAGAGUUUAAUGAAAGGGAGAGUAAGGAUGUUGUAGUCAAAGACCAACCUGAAGAAAAUGAUUUUGAGACCCAGAAAUAUUUUUUAUCACCUGCCAAAGGCCAAAAAAAUAAAAAAUGUGUGGCCUAUAAAUUCCGCUUGGUGGUUAAGGCUGAUGGCACUCAGGAAGCCAACAAUGGUUGCCGUAAAGUAAAAAUAACUCCUUGUUCUGCUGCUCUAUCAAAGGAUCCGUCCAUCAAAAGCAUGGAUCCAAAUAUAAAUAACCAAAUCACCAAAAGGAAAAGGAUGGUUCUUAUAAAGGAACGCAAAGCAGCACAGACUUUAAGUGCCAUUCUUUUGGCUUUUAUCAUCACGUGGACUCCCUACAAUAUAAUGGUUUUGAUCUCCACAUUCUGCUCUGACUGCAUUCCCCUGACACUGUGGCACCUCGGAUAUUGGCUAUGCUAUGUGAACAGCACUGUUAACCCCAUUUGUUAUGCUCUCUGUAACAAAACUUUCAGGAAAACUUUUAAGAUGCUGCUUUUCUGCCAGUGGAAAAAGAAAAAAGUGGAAGAGAAACUAUACUGGCAGGGCAAUACCAGACUGCCGUAACUGCUCUUAUAUAAGCGAUAAAGGGAAAAAUAGAUACUGACAUAGCCUAAUAAAUGGGCUGUAAUUCUGUCUUGUCAAAGCUAUUCCUUAUAUGUCUAGGGGUUAAAAAACAGUCAGCAAAAAAGUGAUGUUGUGCAUUAAAAUAGUGUGCUUGGGAUAAAGAAGUCAGUGGCUGCUGUAAACAGCACAGGGUAUUUGUGAUUAUGUGGUAGAUCUGCAUUACAAAUAUUAUGUUUGGGUCUUCUGUUCGUUCAGCCUGAGAAAGUGUAUGUAUCUUAUAAACAAAUAGAUAUUAGAGUGUGAUUGCUAUCGAGUCAUCGGGUCAGGUCAUCCAGCAAAUCUCCCUGUAGCACAGAACUGUUUCUUCUUAUAGUUCCUUUGUUCCUUUCUAGUGUAUUGUCUAUUUAUUUUUCAAUGGAGCAAGCAAUGGAGCAUGUACUAAUUCUAAAAUUUCCACCAUAAGGAUGACUUUUCGGGGGACAGAGGAAGGGCUCAGAGGGGAGGAAAUAGAUAAUGUAUAUUAUAUAUAAAGAAUCCUGUCCCCAUCUCAGUUCCAUCAUGCAAGUCAAUGUCAUAUAAAAAAUGGUGAUAGCUAGCAAAUACCCAAAUUUGUAUUUCUCCGUUUCCCAAUGCCUCAGAAGGAAAUUCUGAAAAUAUAUGUGAUCGUGACGAUAGUACAAAUGAGAACUGACUAUAAAUCAUGAUGGACACAGUCUAUCUACUUUACAGUGUAGAACGUAGAGAAUAUCCUUUUUGAAAUCUCUGUUGCACUCCCCCUUGCCUACAAAGUUUCCCUUAAUGAUGGAAUAAUGCAGAACACAAGUAAAAUGUAUAUUGAAGCCCUGCACAUUCUCCUGUGUAUUAUGAAAUUAUUGAAAACAGUGACAGAAUUGGUAUUUCUGAAAGAAGGAAGAUUUUUAAAGUACUUUUUGAUUAUUUACGUAAAUCUAUUAAAGACACUUUGCACUUUAAUAGCACUUUUAUCUCUAAAUAGCUUUAUAAAUACUAAUCAGCAUUAGGUGUUUGAAAACAUAAGUUUUCUCCAGUCAAUAUCUUCCAGUAUAACAGAACCAUGUCUGUCACGUGUGCCAGUACUGGGGCUUGGAGACAGCCUCUCUUAGGGCUGCAGCUUCUGGGACUGGUGUGUACUGGCCUGACAGCAAUGAGCUGAGAACCUGUCCACUAUUUGAGGUUUGCCAGGGCUUUGGAUGUAGAUAGGCACUCAUGUGCCUGUCUGAUAUCUGUGUUAGAUUGGCAGUCCUGCGACAUUGACUGAAUAAGUGCAAAAGUGAAGGGUGCUUUUAACACAAAGUCACUGGAAUGGAACUGAUAACCUGGCUCAUGGUGGUGGAAACAAACAUGAAGCCUCAGAUAAGGCCAUGUGAAAGCAAAGUUAAUGGUGACAGGAUUCACAGAAAGUGAAGUCUUAAAGUAAACAAGUGUUUAUGAAUAAGUGAGAAAGAACUCCAUGUACCUCACUGAGUCCAUGUCACAAGGUUUAGAUGCAGCUUUAGCCUUUCUGUCAAAAUUCAGGGUGAGAUGCUCUGGAGUAUAAGUUUGGGCCAAUCUUCUUAUUUUAUCUACUAUACUUGUUGGUGGGACAUUGUGGUGGUGUUGUGACCCAGCUGCACAUUUCAGGGAUUGUGUUAGUCAUCCUGAACGUACAGUUAUGCUCAGUGAAAUCAUUCAUAUAAUUUAUUAAAUUAUUGUACCAUCAACAUGUUUCCCUACAGAUAUAUAAUUCCUUCAUGUCAGCAAACACAGUACAAGUAAUUAAUAUUUUUUAUCCCCAAUCUCCAGAGGGGAAAAUUGUGUCAGUGAAAGAUUAGCCGUGUAGUAAUGUAAAAAUAUGUUCUCUAAAUUCACGAUUGACUUUGUAACACACCAUACUGUGCCUAUUAUUUUUUUGUGCAUCAGCAUAUGAUUGCUUAUUAAAGGAAAGCAUGGGUCUUUGUGAAGAACCUUUCAUCAAUUUUUUCUGUCACUAUCCAGAGUUUUUCCUGUGUACAGUAACUAUGUACAAGUCAGUUGUUAUAGUGGGUAAUUUUAUAUUACAUUGGAUCAGACAUUCAGUAAACUGUGUUUGAUUUUUAGCAAAUGAAUGUGUCCCUCUGCGGCACAAGCUGUAGUUUAAGGCAAAAUUUAUGAGGUAGUAACAGUUCCUGCUAGCUGCGGUGUUGUUUCUAAAGUAAAGCAUUGGCUUCUACAUCUGAAAUUAAAUGAAAUAUUUUUUUGUCGGUUUUGGCUUCUGCUGAACUAGAGUGUUCUGUAAAUGUUUAUGGACUCUGUGCUCAGUAAAUGUAUUAGAAUAGAUGGUGAUGGAUGCAACAAUGUUGCUUCGGUGUAAUUGUGAAAUGUGUGCUCAAACUAUGCUGCUAGCACUUCACAGUGUGAGACGUUACAUUGCCAAAUCCGGGUAUAUUGUAAAUACCUUGAAUUAUAUAAGAGGUGUUUGUUGCUUUA